AAGCAUAAUUAUAUUUCUUAAGCAACGCAUGUCACAGCCCCUACCCAAAGAGUCACCAUAAAAGCUAUUCCUUUUUCUUUUUUCUUUUCUUUUCUUGGUGUGUUUUUCCAGAACGUAGAAAGCAUUCCCUUCGCUUUGGUGCAACAAGUGGAAGCUUCGGAUUGGCAAUAUGGGGGAACUCUGGAAUGAUGUGAACUGGGGUUCAAGAAACCAAAGAAACUUUUAAGCUUUCUUAUAUAACAGUGACAGAUGUGCAUGACUUAUGUCUGGCCAUUGAAAAAUCUGAGAGCAACUCGAAAAAUUCAGGUGGAUUACUAUCAUUGGGGCAGGGAAACAAGCAAAACAGGUGACUCUACAUGUUCUUGUGCUCAUCUCAACACUUGAUGAACGCUAGGUGCUAUUUAGAUGUGAAUUCCGAUGUUGAAGAAAGUUGAGGCUUGAUCAUCUUUUUCCCGCAAGUAGUAAGGUGGUGGCGAAUUUGGUGCGCCCCAAUUUGAUCUUAUUUGGAGAGAGUGCACUGAUUAUUGGAAGAUGAAGCAACUGGCAAGCAAGGUACCGGAGAGUGCGGUUCAUGAACCUUCCACAUGUAGAGAUGAUACUGAAUCCGAUGCCGGCACCGAGUCCGAAAUAGAUGGCUCUCUGUUCAACGAUGAGGCGAGGCAGCCCCUAUCUAGGAAGAUUCCAAUCCCUUCUUCUAGGAUUAACCCUUAUCGCAUAGUUAUUGUAAUGCGCCUUCUCGUGGUUGGAUUCUUCUUCUACUACCGUCUGAAGAAUCCAGUUCACGAUGCGUACAUGUUGUGGUUGGUAUCUGUAGUUUGCGAAAUAUGGUUCGCUGUGGCUUGGAUGUUGGAGCAGUUCCCUAAAUGGCAUCCGGUGAACCGUGAGACCUACGGCGAGAGGCUUGCCCUGAGAUAUAACAGGACAGGAGAGCCGUCUCAACUUCCUGCAGUUGAUAUUGUAGUCACCACCAACGAUCCUUUAAAUGAGCCUCCCCUUGCUACGGCCAAUACUGUACUAUCCGUUCUUGCAGUGGAUUACCCGGUCGAAAAAGUUUCUUGCUACGUUUCGGAUGACGGAGCUGCGAUUCUCACAUUCGAGACUCUACAAGAAACGUCCGAAUUUGCGAGAAAGUGGGUUCCUUUUUGCAAGAAGUACAGCAUCGAGCCAAGGGCCCCGGAGCAGUAUUUCUCGUGCAAUGUGGAUUACUUAAAGAACAAGAUUCAUCCGUCCUUUGUCAAAGAGCGCCGAGCCAUGAAAAGAGAAUACGAGGAGUUCAAAGUGCGGAUUAAUGGGCUCGUGGCAAAGGCAAGGAAAAUUCCAGAUGAAGGAUGGGUCAUGAAAGAUGGCACGCCAUGGCCUGGAAAUAACGUGCGUGAUCAUCCGGGAAUGAUCCAGAUCUUUUUGGGCCAUAAAGGAGGACAUGAUGCCGAUGGUAACGAGCUUCCCCAGCUGAUCUACGUGUCUCGCGAAAAGCAUCCUGGAUUUCGACACCACAGUAAAGCUGGUGCGAUGAACACACUUGUUCGUGUAUCAGGAAUACUUACCAACGGACCUUUCUUGUUAAACCUGAAUUAUGACCAUUAUGUUAACAACAGCAAGGCACUGCAGGAAGCAAUGUGCUUCCUAAUGGAUCCAAAUUAUGCAGAAUCGGCUUGUUAUGUUCAAUUUCCUAUGAGAUUCAAUGGGGUCGAUAAGAAUGAUCACUAUGCUAACCGCAACACCAUUUUCUUCGAUAUAAAUUUGAGAGGCUUAGACGGCAUUCAGGGCCCCUUAUAUGUCGGUAGUGGGUGCGUUUUCAACAGGCGAGCUCUUUAUGGUUAUGAGGCUCCACGCAAGAUCAAACAGAGAAAGAAAGGAAUUGUCUCGACGUGUUUUGGAGGGUCACGUAGAGGGAGUUCUACAGCAAAAAAGAGAACUGACAAGAAAAUGAAAAUUUCAAGCAAGAGUGCGGACCCUAACGCUCCAGCGGUCAAUCUAGAAGAUCCUCAAGAAAGGAUAGAAGGUGAUGGAUACGAGGAUGAGAAGUCGCAGCUCAUGUCGCACUUGAGCCUGGAGAAAUGGUAUGGUCAAUCAUACGGCUUCAUCGAGUCGGUACUACUUGAAACAGGGGACAUUUCUCAGUUCGCAUCUCCAGAAGCUCUCCUCAAAGAAGCCAUUCAGGUUAUUAGCUGCGGAUACGAAGACGGCACCAAAUGGGGAAGCGAAAUAGGAUGGAUCUACGGUUCUGCAUCAGAGGAGUUCGUGACGGGACUAAAGAUGCAUGGCCGUGGUUGGAGAUCGAUCUAUUGCAUGCCGAAACGUGCUGCUUUUAUAGGCUCUGCUCCCACUAACCUGUCGGAUCGUCUAAAUCAAGUUCUCCGUUGGGCCCAAGGUUCGGUUCAAGUGCUCCUUAGCCAGCAUUGCCCCAUUUGGUAUGGCCUCGGUGGGAGGCUGAAAUUGCUUCAACGGCUAGCAUAUAUCAAUGCCACGGUUUAUCCAUUCACGGCCAUCCCGCUGCUUGCAUAUUGCACAUUGCCGGCUGUCUGUCUAUUCACCGGAAAGUUCAUAAUCCCACAGAUCACCAUCAUAGGCAUUAUCUCUUUUAUCUCACUUACUUUAUCGAUCAUCGCCACCAACAUACUAGAAAUGAGAUGGAGCGGGGUCAGGAUUGAUGAGUGGUGGAGUACCGAACAGUUCUGGGUAAUAGGAGGUGUCUCGGCGCACCUGUUCGCUAUCUUCCAGGGCCUGCUCAAAGUCCUCACCAGAAUCGAUAUCAGUUCACAUACUUCUUCCGAAGAAUCCAGUGAAAAGACCGACUUUCCUGAGGUGUACAUGUUCAAAUGGACGAGCCUGCUCAUCCCACCAACGACCCUCCUAAUCAUAAACCUGAUUGGACUGGUUGCCGGAUUGUCUAGUGCCAUUAGCAGUGGGCAUCAUGUUUGGAGCAUGCUGUUCUGCAAGCUGUUCUUCGCUUUCUGGGUGAUAAUUCAUCUCUAUCCCUUCUUCAAAGGACUAACUAGCAACCAGAACAGAGUGCCAACCAUCGUCAUCGUGUGGUCGAUUCUGCUGGCCUCUAUCUUUUCCUUGCUCUGGGUGCACAUCAAUCCUUUUACAACCCGGGUGGUCGGCCCAAGUUACGAGCAGUGUGGAAUCAACUGCUAGGUACCAUAGAAAUCUUGCUCAAAUCCGAGCGUGUUCAGAACUUCUCACCACACAUGUUCAGUUUGGCAAAUUGGCUAUAUGAGUGAACUUUCACUGUAUAGAGUUUCGUGAAUCAAUUGAUUUGUUGAUCUUAAACAGAAAUGUAAACCUAGCAUUAUACGGUUGGGUUGCAGACAAGUUCCAAUGUUGAUCUUUGAUAAAUUUCGGUUUUGUUUGAAUAA